AAUAAACCAGAAAAUUAGUUAAACUGGUUCUAAGACGUAGCUUAAAGUUUAUCCAAAAUUUCUGAACUUUCUUAAUUUUGAAACGGAUGAUGAUCCUUCUUUCUUUUCAAUCUGAAUCCUAAUGAUAGUAGAUAUUCUUGAUUGGAACGUGUUAAUUCUUUUAACUGUUUCUUACUACUGAACCGUCUCUGAAAACUCUUUUGUUUUAUAUACAGUUCAUUGGACGGUGUAUAAGAAUCAUUAUUAUAGAUAAAUACCAUUAUGUUUCUUUAGAUGUAAACGUACCGUUACUAACUCGUUUCUAAAAUUGAUUAGUCUUCCAUCUUGAUCUGUUAUUUUAAGUAUAAUUUCAUCAACAUAGCCCAUGCUGAUUGGUAAAUAUAUUACAUUUGAUGGUUUUUCAACGAUUUUAAAUCCUGGAGCGGUGGUAGGAUAAAACAUGAAUGAUAUGAACUGGCUUUCCAUUGUUAUAUGAAUUUGUUACAAGAUUACAUUCUAUCGUAAUUCACUUUAAAAAUAUCAACAGGGUUCUUUGAUAUGUGUAUCUGGUUCUCUUUUAAUAUUUGAUUACUAAAACCUAACAGACUUCCAAUAGAGUUUUCCUUUGAAAAAUCAACAGAUUUAUUACAUUUAAGUUCACACUGUAAUAUGUUAUGAUUUGCCUCUAUAGAAAUAUCCACUUACAACCGAUUUCAUAAUCAAUUUAAAGUUAACUUUAACUACUAAAGCUCCUUUAACUUCUAAUAUGGAUUUCAUAAUUCAUUUUUAAACCUCCUUUAGUGCUAAAGGCACUUUAAAUUUAAACCGCCAGGUUAUCCACUUUCAGACGCUAAAGUUGACUUUAAAGCUUCUUUAAAGUGAUAACCUAACCUCAAUUCAGUUUAAUCUUUAGUUUUGGUUCAGCCACGUUUUGUCAUUUGUGCGUUUUGUAAAAACUUCGUUGUUUUUUAUUUGAUUAUAAAAUGAAUUUAAUGGAUACGGAUACUUCAUCAAGUUCGAGUUCAUCAGAAGAAGAAUUAGUUUUUGUUCGGAGAAGAAAAAUAUACCGAGAUCGUCAAAAUUAUUACGAACUAUACGAUGAUUUGGAUUUUUUCUGUAGAUUUCGUUUGACGAAACCUACAGUAAUGCAAGUACUAGGAGAGAUUGAACCGCAAAUCCGUUUACCUACAAAUAGAGGAGGAUGUGUCCCACCCUUGCUACAAUUAUUGCUAACAUUAAGAUUUUUUGCCACUGGGUGUAUGCAGAUUACUGCUGCUGAUUUUAUCGGUGUAUCGAGGGCUACGGCAUGUCGUGUUAUAUCAAGGGUAACAACAGCAUUAGCAGCUCUAAGGCCUAGAUAUGUGAAGAUGUAUUCCGAUAAUGCCGAAAUGCAAAGAGCAUCAGAAGAUUUUUAUGGCUUAGCGUCGUUUCCAAGAGCAAUAGGAGCAAUAGACUGCACUCUGAUAAAAAUUGAUUCGCCUGGAGGAGAAGAUGCAGAAAUCUUCAGGUGCAGAAAGGGUUUUUUUGCAUUAAAUGUUCAGACUAUUAGUGAUGCUAAAUUAAAAAUCCGAAACAUUGUUGCAAGGUGGCCAGGAUCUGUACACGACCAAACUAUUUUUAAUAAUAGUCAAGUCAAAAGAGAAUUUGAAACAGGCAGGUACGGAAGGUAUAUUUUAGUUGGAGAUAGUGGAUAUGCAUUAAAAAAAUAUCUAAUGACAAAACUGUUGGAGACCAAUACCGAUGCUGAAAAUUUAUACAAUGAAUCCAUAAUACGAACCAGAAAUGUUGUCGAGCGUCAGUAUGGUGUGUGGAAGAGGCGGUUUCCAAUUUUAAAGAAUGGGAUGCGGGUAAAGUUGGAAACUGCAAUGGAUAUUAUUGUUGCUACGGCUGUAUUGCACAAUAUUGCCCUCGACAUGUCUGAAGACAUCCCAGGGGAAUGGCUAGAAGAUGCUGAAGAGGGAGAAAAUGCUGAAGAGGGAGAUGGCAUUUUGGAAUUGCCAAAUGAAAAUAUUAAUUUUGGUAGACAAUUUAGACAAGUACUAAUAAACCAACACUUUGCUGGACUUUUGUAACUAUCGAACUUGUAAUAUAAUUGUUUGAAAUACCUUUUUAGCUAAAUAAAAAUUUAUUUAUUUGUU